AAAAUGAAAUAAACCAGUUUAUUAGUUUCAGUAGGGAGUGUGGUGUAGUGCAGCCGAGAAUCGGGAGCUUGUGGACGAGACGGUGAUGUUCGAUCGGGUAAAAAACUCUCCAGGUUCGAACAUAACCCAUAGGAGGAUGUUAAGGCUGACAGCUGGUGUGCUCUUGUUGAGCCUGGUGUCUGGUUUGAAGUGUCCUGAUCAGCAGCGCUGUGGGGACCAGCAGACGUGUUGCCAGAUUCCUUCUGGAGAAUUCAACUGCUGUCCGUUCCAUCAGGGCGAGUGCUGUGAGGACCACUUACACUGCUGCCCCGAAGGCAUGUUGUGUGAGGUUAAAGAAUCCAGGUGCACAAACGCUACACACUCGCUUCCAUGGGCCGAGAGAUUUCCUUCCGAAGACACUGACCUCCACAAUGUGGCGCGUUGGUCAGUUUCUGAUGUUCCCUGUGACGACACCAAGGCUUGUCCUGAUGGAAACACAUGCUGUAAGACAGAACAGGGAGGAUGGGCCUGCUGCCCUCUGCCUCAGGCGGUGUGUUGUGAGGACUUUAUCCACUGCUGUCCUCAUGAUACAAAAUGUAACGUCGCUGCUGGGUCAUGUGACAACUCGUCAAUUUCUGUGCCCUGGCUGAAGAAGGAGCCGAGUAAACCAAUCGGUGGACAGAAAGUUCCAGAAGACAAGAGUACAUCAGUUUCUGAUGUUCCCUGUGAUGACACCAAGGCUUGUCCUGAUGGAAACACAUGCUGUAAGACAGAACAGGGAGGAUGGGCCUGCUGCCCUCUGCCUCAGGCGGUGUGUUGUGAGGACUUUAUCCACUGCUGUCCUCAUGAUACAAAGUGUAACGUCGCUGCUGGGUCAUGUGACAACUCGUCAAUUUCUGUGCCCUGGCUGAAGAAGGAGCCGAGUAAACCAAUCGGUGGACAGAAGGUUCCAGAAGACAAGAGUACAUCAGUUUCUGAUGUUCCCUGUGAUGACACCAAGGCUUGUCCUGAUGGAAACACAUGCUGUAAGACAGAACAGGGAGGAUGGGCCUGCUGCCCUCUGCCUCAGGCGGUGUGUUGUGAGGACUUUAUCCACUGCUGUCCUCAUGAUACAAAGUGUAACGUCGCUGCUGGGUCAUGUGACAACUCGUCAAUUUCUGUGCCCUGGCUGAAGAAGGAGCCGAGUAAACCAAUCGGUGGACAGAAGGUUCCAGAAGACAAGAGUACAUCAGUUUAUAAUGUUCCCUGUGACGACACCGUGACUUGUCCUGAUGGAAACACAUGCUGUAAGACAGAACAGGGAGGAUGGGCCUGCUGCCCUCUGCCUCAGGCGGUGUGUUGUGAGGACUUUAUCCACUGCUGUCCUCAUGAUACAAAGUGUAAUGUCGCUGCUGAUACAUGUGACAACUCGUCAAUUUCUGUGCCCUGGCUGAAGAAGGAGCCGAGUAAACCAAUCGGUGGACAGAAAGUUCCAAACACCAAGGAUACGUCAGUUUCUGAUGUUCCCUGUGACGACACCGUGACUUGUCCUGAUGGAAACACAUGCUGUAAGACAGAACAGGGAGGAUGGGGCUGCUGCCCUCUGCCUCAGGCGGUGUGUUGUGAGGACUUUAUCCACUGCUGUCCUCAUGAUACAAAGUGUAAUGUCGCUGCUGGGUCAUGUGACAACUCGUCAAUUUCUGUGCCCUGGCUGAAGAAGGAGCCGAGUAAACCAAUCGGUGGACAGAAGGUUCCAGAAGACAAGAGUACAUCAGUUUAUAAUGUUCCCUGUGACGACACCGUGGCUUGUCCUGAUGGAAACACAUGCUGUAAGACAGAACAGGGAGGAUGGGCCUGCUGCCCUCUGCCUCAGGCGGUGUGUUGUGAGGACUUUAUCCACUGCUGUCCUCAUGAUACAAAGUGUAACGACGCUGCUGAUACAUGUGACAACUCGUCAAUUUCUGUGCCCUGGCUGAAGAAGGAGCCGAGUAAACCAAUCGGUGGACAGAAAGUUCCAAACACCAAGGAUACGUCAGUUUCUGAUGUUCCCUGUGACGACACCGUGACUUGUCCUGAUGGAAACACAUGCUGUAAGACAGAACAGGGAGGAUGGGGCUGCUGCCCUCUGCCUCAGGCGGUGUGUUGUGAGGACUUUAUCCACUGCUGUCCUCAUGAUACAAAGUGUAAUGUCGCUGCUGGGUCAUGUGACAACUCGUCAAUUUCUGUGCCCUGGAUGGAGAAGGAGCCGAGUAAACCAAUCGGUGGACAGAAGGUUACAGAAGACAAGAGUACAUCAGUUUAUAAUGUUCCCUGUGAUGAUACUGCGGUUUGUCUUGAUGGAAGCACAUGCUGUAAGACAGAACAGGGAGGAUGGGCCUGCUGCCCUCUGCCUCAGGCGGUUUGUUGUGAGGACUUUAUCCACUGCUGUCCUCAUAAUACGAAGUGUAACCUCGCCAUUCGGUCAUGUGACAGCUCGUCAGGCUCAGUGCCCUGGCUAAAGAAGAAGCCAAGCCGACCAAUCGGUGGACAGAAGGUUCCAAACACCAAGGAUACAUCAGUUUCUGAUAUUCCCUGUGAUGACACUGUGACUUGUCCUGAUGAAAACACAUGCUGUAAGACAGAACAGGGAGGAUGGGGCUGCUGUCCUAUGCCUCAGGCGGUGUGUUGUGAGGACUUUAUGCACUGCUGUCCUCAUGGUACAAAGUGUAACCUUCCAGCUCAGAAAUGUGACAACUCAUCAGGCUCUGUGCCCUGGCUGGAGAAGGAGCCGAGAAGACCAACCGGCGAUCAGAAGGUUCCAGAAACCGAGGGAUCAGUGCCCUGGCUGAAGAAGAAGCCAAGCCGGCCAACUGCAAGCACAGCUCGAAAUACAUCGGUAAACGAAGUGAAGUGCGACCCUCACAUGUCCUGUCCUCCACACACCACCUGCUGUUUUAUGAAGAUGAGCAAGAAAUGGGGCUGCUGUCCUCUGGACCAGGCUACAUGUUGUGCGGACGGAGAGAACUGCUGUCCGAAAGGUUACACCUGCCGUGACCAGUGGUGUGAGAAAAGCUCCGGGACAAAGUACGACUUUGUGCCGUUAUCGUCUCCGAUCCAAAAUGACAUUGACUGUGGAGGAGGAUUCAGCUGCAAGGACACAGAAACCUGCUGCAGGAUCUCAGAGACUUCCUGGGGCUGUUGUCCAUUCGCAAAGGCUGUGUGUUGUAGUGACAUGCAGCGUUGCUGUCCCACUGGAUUCACCUGCGAUGAGUCCGGCUCCUGCUCCCAAGCGAAGGGCUUCGACUGGAAGAUGUUCUUCUCCAAGAAGAAACGAGCUCGCACUCUAUAAAAACAAAGAGAGCUCAUUCUACUGAGCAACGUCACACUCCGAACCUGAAUAAAGUUCACACGUGUCACACUAAUCAGGUUUUAUACAUUUUGGUGUUAAUUAAUAAUUGAUUAUAACUGCACUAAUUAAUUCAGUCUCCAAACCAUAGCUGAAGCAAUGUCCUUGAAAUGCGUGUGGUCUAUUUGGUGUUCAUCUCAGCCAUCAAAGACAAAUGUAGUAGAUGUUUAUUAGCAUCUACGACACGCUACGUCACUGCACUGAGGUAAAAUCAAUGACGGAACAGCGUUGUUUAGAAAUCACUUUUCCGUGUUAUGAGGGAUUUACAUUUGUCUUUUUUUUUGCCUAAGGUUAUAAUGUGAUAACUGAUCCUCAUAGAAAUGAAAUUCACCCUCAGUAACAAACUACUUCUGUGAUUCUUUUAUUUUAAGAGCUGUCUUUCUUCAUUCUUUCACCAUCUACUAUUUCUUUUCAGAGAUAUUACAAUACAGAGUUUGAUCAUAAAAA